UUGUGGCGGGAAAAGUUAUUUUUCACAAUAUCUUUUAUUCUUCCCAGCACCAAAAUCCCAAACUCACUCAUUUUAGGGUUCUAAAUUCCCCACGGAUUAUUGAGUUUGGUCGCUUCUCUUCCAUUUGGCAAAUUUGAUUCUCUUAAUCAGUGAAUUGUUUCUUUAAAUGCAAAUCAAUGGCUACGGAGGAAAGCCCACAGGUUACACGAAGAGCAACUAGAUCUUACUCUGCUUCCAACACUGCCAUUGAAUCAACAAACCUCCCUGAAUCCUACAAACCGACAAUCAAUGACCUUGGAUUCAGACAGCAACCCCUUAGGUUGGAGGAUCUCUUGUCUUCUUUCCCCGGUCGACGUUCUCAAAUUCUAGAGCUUUUACGCCUUUUGGGUCCCUUGAAUUCCCCCAUGUUUCCUAUUUUGGUCUAUGGUGGCCCUUCUACAGGGAAAACCAGUGUUACUCUCCAGGUUUUCAGGCAUCUAAAUCGCCCUUUCAUCUAUUCCAGUUGCAUUACAUGUUACAGUCCAAGGAUCUUGUUUGAGUCCAUCUUGAACCAGUUGUUGUUUCAUAGGAAGGACUCAGGUCAUAGUUAUUCUAGCGUAAAACGUUGUGAGAGGCCAUCUGAUUUUGUUAAUUAUCUUCGUGAAGCAUUGGAGAACGUGCUUACUAAUCUCAAGGGGAAUUCAGGGAAAGUGAGUUCUAAGAUGAGUGGACGGCCUGAUGGAACAAUGGUUUACUUGGUUUUUGAUAAUUUGGAGCGCAUUCGAGAUUGGGAUAAAAGUUCUACUAUAUUACCCUUUUUAUUCAACCUUAAUGAUAUUUUAAAGAUGCCCGAGGUCGGUUUGAUCUUUAUUAGCAAUACCUCACCCGAUACAUAUUACUUAAAUAUUGGUUAUGUGGAGCCAAUCCCUCUUUAUUUUCCUGACUACACAGAAGGUGAUCUUCGUCAUAUUUUUAUGGCAAAUCAAACCAACAGCAGAUUGUAUGCCUCCUUUCUUGAUGUCGUGCUAAGGCCUUUCUGUAGAGUUACCAGACAAGUAGAUGAAUUGGCUGCAGCAUUUUCUUCAUUAUUUAAAAAGUAUUCUGAACCCUUAAGUGACAAGGAAGUUGCACCCAAUGAAGAAAUGAAGAGAAGGUUGUUUAGUCAUAUUCGGCCACACAUUGCCUCUGCUUUGAAUGAAACAUUCCAGGUUCGAUCUCAGCCACUUCUCAAAGCUGAAACCAACGAGGAGACAAAGAAAACUAACAGUUCAAGGAUGCUGGGAAUUCGAGAAGACUUUGAUAAGAUAGAUUUUCACAUGUCUACUUCUGCAAAGUAUCUUCUUAUUUCAGCGUUCCUUGCUUCAAGAAACCCUGCUACUCUUGAUGCAUCAUUAUUUGAUUCAACUGGGGUUUCUGAUAGUCGCAAACGAAAGAGGAAGGCAUCUGAAAAAUCAAUGGAUCAAAAGGAAAUGGCAGAGCAGGAAUUGCUUAUGAAAGGGCCUGGAACAUUUCCAUUGGAGAGGUUAUUAGCCAUAUUUCAGUGUAUAACAUCUUUAGCAGAAGAUUCCCUUGAUGAAGAAGAAAGUCAUGAGCUAACAGUUGAGGGAGGUAGUAGAGGACUCAUGUCUGAUGUACUAUUGCAACUGUCCAGCCUAUGCAAUGCUAAUUUUAUUAUUAAAGGAGGAAGCUGUCCAUUGGAGGGGUCAACUCGAUAUCGUACUGCAGUAAGUGAAGAUUUAGCUUUGAAGGUCGCAAGGAGCCUUAAGUUCCCUUUAUCAAAAUACUUAUACAGAAGAUGAUUGAUGCUUCAUCAUCAAAUUUUUCCUUGUCAACUGAUUACAGAGGAUCAUCAGGAAAUUGGAAGAUGAUAAUUCUUGUUUAUUAUGGCGUUGGGAUCUGUUGUAUGUUAAUCAUAAGCUUGUUAACCUAACGUAAUGGACACAGAAUAUAUGAAAGAACCGACAAUCAUAGUCCAUUAUCCAUGGUAGUCUGAACUUGUAAAGGCUCUUGCAGGGGAAUACUGUUUAGUGUCUUAGUCGAUAACUGUAUCUUGUUAGGUUUCUACAAAUAUCUUAAUGAACAUUCAUUUAGAAAUUUAAGAUGCA